GUAGUGCGUUAUUCUGCUGCGUUUGAUUGCGCCGAGGCAGCACUGGGGCGCACAGACCGGGGAUAAUCGCAGGUGGUUAGUGGGGUUGCAAUCUGCCCACGGGAGGCGACGGAAGACGGUCCCCACUGGUUGCUGGUUCGGCUCCGCGACCCGCUUCGCUUCGCCCGUCCCGGAUCGUGGCUUGCUGCUGUUUUCUCCCACUCGAGGAUCCACGAUGCGGUCCUCGGCUUGGUUCGUCGCCAAUUACGCUCUCCUCAUCCUCUGCGCGCUCCGGUUGAUUGACGGGACCAGAGGACAUCGGCUCUGUGGCGAGACGGACUACUACUACGAGUACACCGAGUGUGACAGCACGGGGUCUCGUUGGAGGGUACCCAUCCCACAAAGCCCUGGGGCUUGCACCGGACUACCAGAGCCAGUACAUGGCACAGAGUGCACCUUCUCCUGCGAGGCCGGGGAGUUCCUGGAGAUGUCGGCUCAGGAGUGCACCCCGUGCGCAGCGGGAAGCUACUCCCUCGGCAGCGGCAUCCGCUUUGACCAAUGGGAUUCCAUGCCUGCUGGAUUCAGUAGCCUGGCAACCUCACUGGAGUACAACCCCCACAGAGACGAGAGGCUCACCUGCAACAGUUCUACCUGGGUGCCUCAGGGAAGCUAUCUGGAGUCCAACAGGGAUGAAUGCACGGUCUCUCUCAUCUAUGCUGUUCAUCUGAAGAAACAAGGCUCUGUCAGCUUCGAGUACCAGUAUCCAGACAACAACCUGCUAUUUGAGUUCUUUAUCCAGAAUGACCAAUGUCAGGAGAUGGAUCAGUCAGCGGAUGCGAAGUGGCUCAAGCUCACCAAUCAUGGUGAAUGGGCAACCCACACCGUGAACCUCAAAUCUGGCACCAACAUCCUGUACUGGAGGACCGGUGGAGUGAUGAUGGCCAAAGGGGUGAAGCCUGUUUUGCUGAAAAAUGUUCAAAUAGAAGGAGUGGCGUACACUUCGGAGUGUUUCCCGUGUAAGCCGGGGUCAUUAAGCCGUAUCCCGGGGUCCACUGCGUGCGAGCCCUGUCCUCGGGACACCUACGCCGGGCACGGAGCGAGCUCCUGCACCCCCUGUAACGCCACCACUCAGUACGCAGCUGAGGGAUCUGCUUAUUGUAAGUACAGACCUCCAUGUUCAAAGAAGGACUAUUUCCAGUUCCACACAGCAUGUGACAAUGAAGGCAAGACGCAUGUCAUAUACAAGUGGAUCGAGCCUAAAAUCUGUCUGGACGGAGUGACGGGAGCCGAGCCGUUGCCUCCAAGUGGAGAAAAGGAGCCCUGCCCCCCCUGCAACCCUGGUUUCUACAACAAUGACACCGCCACCUGCUCACCGUGCCCACCUGGGACCUUUUCCGAUGGGAUGAAACCAUGUGAUCGGUGUCCAGCAGGCACUGAGCCCAACUUGGGUUACGAGUAUAAAUGGUGGAACAUUCUUCCUGCAAACAUGAAGACCUCCUGCUUCAAUGUUGGCAACUCCAAAUGUGAUGGUAUGAAUGGCUGGGAGGUGGCGCGUGAUCACAUCCAGAGUGGAGCAGGCAGCUCGGAUAACGAUUACCUCAUCCUCAACAUCCAUAUCCCUGGCUUCAAGCUUCCUACAUCCAUGUCCAGCCAUUCCGGGACCGAGUUCGGUCGCAUCACAUUUGAAUUUGAAAUAGUGUGUGUUGCUGACUGCGAGUUCUACUUCAUGAUGGAUGUAAACAGGAAGAGUACUACGGUGGUGGAGUCAUGGGAGGGAACGAAAACGAGACAGACGUACACACACGUCAUGACCCAGAAUGCCUCGGUGUCCUACACGUGGGCUUUCCAGAGGACAAACCAACCUUCAGAUGUACGCCGGUAUGUCAACGACGUGGUGCGGAUCUACUCCGUCUCGGUGAGUAACGUGGUGGAUGGCGUGGCCUCGAGGUGCCGGGCCUGCGCCCUCAGCACCCGGCCCUCCAGCUCCACAUGUGUGCCGUGUCCACCGGGACACUACAUUGACGCACGCACCAGCCGGUGCACAGAGUGCCCCCGUAACACACACCUCGUCCCACACGCCACGCCGGGCCCGGACGCCUGCAAACCUUGUGGGCCGGCUAGCAGGAGCGACAAGGACCACAGUUUAUGUUACAGUGACUGCCACUUCACCCACACUGAGGGCAAUGUGACUCUGACUUAUGACCUGAGCCUCCUCGGGUCUGUAGGGUCUCUGAUGAAUGGGCCGAGCUUUACCUCCAAAGGGACCAAGUACUUCCACCUCUUCAAAAUAGGCCUGUGUGGAGGAAAGAUGGCGGUGUGCACAGACAACGUCACAGACCUAUCCAUCGCCGACUCCCAGAGAGAGAAAGGCGAAGGAAUCAGUGCUGUCAAGACCUUCAUCUGUCAGUCAACAAUAAUCCCAGCCACUGGGCGGGGCUUCUACACAGCCCUCGCCUCCCAGUCCAUUAACCUGGCCGACACGUUACUCGGAGUGACAGUUGCUAGUACACUUGAUGGAAUAAGGGCGAGGCCAGAGCUGUACCCCCAAACCACCAAGAAAGUCCCCGACGUUAACUUCUACUACAGAUCCCUGGAGCCAACCUCCUCCUGUGAGUCGGGACACAGCGCGGUCGUGACACUUCGCUGUAACGCAGAGAAGAGCACUAAAGGAGAGCUCGCCGUUCCCAGUCAGUGCCCGGCGGGGACGUGCGAUGGCUGCACCUUCCAUUUCUUGUGGGAGAGCUCAGCAGCGUGUCCUACUUGCACAGAGACAGACUACCAUCAGAUAGAGGGAGCCUGCAAAGGAGGACACCAGGACUUGCUGUAUGUGUGGACUGAACCAAAGCUUUGCAUGGAAGGUCUGUCCUUGCCUGAAAAGAAGACCUUGCCAUGCGAGGGCGUGGAGUUCUGGGUCCGGCUCGGUGCCGGUCUGGGAGCUUUCACUGCGGUGCUGCUCGUCUCGCUCACCUGCUACUUCUGGAAGAAGAACAAAAGGUUGGAGUACAAGUACUCGCGGUUGGUUAUAUCUGCCAAUAAGGAGUGUGAGAUGCCAGGAGCGGACAGCUGUGCCGUGAUGGAGGGCGAGAACGAGGGAGACAUGGAGGAUGAAAUCGUGUACACAAAACCUUCUCUACUUGGCAAACUCAAAGCCAUAGCAUCCAAGGGAAACGGAGAGCACUACGAACAUGUGCAGCUAAACUCCUCUCAUUCGAAAGCGUUGGUAUGGAGCUAGAGAGGUGGUAAAGUGAGGGGAGAGAUCGGACCCCCGAAAGACUUUUCACCCCUAGAAACCCCCUUUAAACAUCCCGCCCCCCCACUUUAGGAGCUCUGGUGCCUGGAAUAACAAUUGUGUGUUUAUGCAAACGUAAACACACACAAAUGUCACGCAUCUAUAGCCAGGUCCAGAGAAGGCAAGAGCACGGUGGCCUUAAAGCUCGGCGAGACGGAGCUGUCCAACUCUGAGCGUAGUACCGGGAAGCCGGUGUGUGUGUGUGUGUGUGUGUGUGAUGGACACUUCUGUUAAUAUCCUGAUUCAAACUGAUGUCAGAAAGGCUGUUAGAGCUCAGGGUAAGACAAAGAGCUAUUUGAUUGAUUUUCUCUUUUAGUAGUGCCUAAUGCCUCUAUAGGUGUGUGUCUCUCUUCUCAUCUGUUUUUUUUUUUCAUUUGCUUAGUUGAAGUUAUUGUAGCAGGUAGAAGUGUUUUGCUGACCACGUUGAAAUGAAGACGUCAUGUUACACCGAUACGGUUUUGUUGUUGACUGUCUAUUUAUGUUGAUUAAAUUAUGUAUAAGUGGAUCCAGUUUGA